CCGCGCCCCCCUCCCCGCGCCGCCCGGCAUGGACGGCGGCGGGGGCGGCCCCGAGGGCACCGGCCUGGAUAAAAUGCUCGAGGGCUCCUCUUGCUGCCGAAGAUCCCUCCCCGCCCUGCCCCUGCCGUGAUCCCCACGCUCAGCCCAGCCCAUCCAGGACUCCCCCGACCCUGCCGGGCUCCCAUGGAAGAGGGGCCGGGCCGGAGCAGCCCCCCCGAGCCGCAGCCCCGCGGGACGGAGGGCGCCCCAUGAGCCCCCCCAGAUGAGCCAGGCAGCCAAGGGCGAGCCCCCCCCGCCCGGGGCCGGCAUGGCACAGGAGGGGCCGCCCGCCUUCUACCCCAGCCAGGAGCUCGACCUGUCCACCAAGGUGUACAAGAGGGAGUCAGGGAGCCCCUUCUCGGUGCUGGUGGACAGCAAAGUGAGCAAAGGCCACCUCCACGAGAGGGAGGAGCAGCCGUUUUUCAGGGAGAGCAGAGCGGUAGGAGAGGUCCGGGCUGUGAAAGAAGACAGGGAAAACUCUGACGACUCUGAGGAGGAGGAAGAGGAGGAAGAUGAAGUGACUUACAAAAGGGAGCAGAUUAUAGUGGAGGUAAACCUUAACAACCAAACCUUAAAUGUGUCCAAAGGGGAGAAGGGUGUCCCCUCCCAGUCCAAAGAGACUGCUGUCCUUAAGAGCAGCAGUGAGGAAGAGGAGGGUGACAGUGGGGAAGAGGCCACGGAAGACAGUAAUGAUUAUGAGGAGAAUGAGAGGCAGAAGAAAAAGGAGAAAAGAGUGGAGAAGGGUAGUGUUGGCCAGAGGAGAAGCAGGAGAGCCGCCUCUGCCGCGGCCGCCGCCGCCUCCCCGGCGCCCCGAGCGACGCGGGGCCGCAGGAAGAGCGCGGAGCCCCCCAAGCGUAAGAAGAAAACUGCAAAGGAGCCCAAGGCACCUGUGCAGAAAUCAAAGUGUGAAGAGAAGGAGACUCUGACCUGUGAGAAGUGCCCCAGGGUGUUUAACACACGCUGGUACCUGGAGAAGCACAUGAACGUCACCCACAGGCGCAUGCAGAUCUGCGACAAAUGUGGGAAGAAAUUUGUGCUAGAGAGUGAGCUGUCCCUCCACCAGCAAACUGACUGUGAAAAAAACAUCCAGUGCGUGUCCUGCAACAAAUCCUUCAAGAAGCUCUGGUCCCUCCACGAGCACAUCAAGAUCGUGCACGGCUACGCCGAGAAGAAAUUCUCCUGCGAGAUCUGCGAGAAGAAGUUCUACACCAUGGCCCACGUGCGCAAACACAUGGUUGCCCACACCAAGGACAUGCCCUUCACCUGUGAGACCUGUGGCAAGUCCUUCAAGCGCAGCAUGUCCCUCAAGGUUCACUCCCUGCAGCACUCGGGGGAAAAACCCUUCAGGUGUGAGAACUGCGAUGAGAGGUUCCAGUACAAGUACCAGCUGCGCUCCCACAUGAGCAUCCACAUCGGGCACAAGCAGUUCAUGUGCCAGUGGUGUGGCAAGGACUUCAACAUGAAGCAGUAUUUCGAUGAGCACAUGAAAACCCACACUGGAGAGAAGCCCUUCAUCUGCGAGAUCUGCGGCAAGAGCUUCACCAGCCGGCCCAACAUGAAGCGGCACCGGCGGACGCACACGGGCGAGAAGCCGUACCCGUGCGACGUGUGCGGCCAGCGCUUCCGCUUCUCCAACAUGCUCAAGGCCCACAAGGAGAAAUGUUUCCGUGUCACCAGCCCUGGCACCAGCCCCCCCGGCCCCGCCGGCCCCACGGCCCUGCUGCCCAACCCCUGCCCGGCCCCUCCGGCCGCGGGCGCCGCGCUGGGGCUGGGCCCGGCCGUGCCCCCCCGGCCCGUCCCGCACCCCUACGGCCCCCUGGGCCUGCAGCCCCACGGCCACCACCCCUCCCCUCACGGCCACCACCCCCCCCAGCACCUGCCCGUGCCCCCCGUGCCACACCUGCCCCCGCCCCCGGCCCUGUUCAAGAGCGAGCCCCUGAACCACCGCGGGCACGGCCACGGGCACGGCGCCGCCGGCGACGGCUUCCUGCGGCACCUGGACAAGGCCAGCCCGGCCCAGCCGCACUGACACGGGCUGGGAGCCAGGUUUGGGAUCGUGGAGAUGGGAUGGGAUGGGAUCUGGGAUGGGAUUGAGCUGCUGAGCCACUGUGGGCACAGGUGUGGCAAUGUUGGUUUCCUGCGGCUCCUGGGCAAGGCACAACCACACUGACAUGGGCUGGGAUGGGAUCUGGGAUCCAGAUUAGGGGUCUGAGAUGCAGAUUUGGGGUCUGGGAUCCAGAUUUGGGGUCUGGGAUCCAGCUUUGGGGUCUGGGAUCCAGAUCUGGGAUCCAGUUUGGGGUCUGGGAUGGAACUGAGCCGCUGAACCACCGCAGGCACGGCCACGGGCACGGGUGUGGCAACCACGGCUUCCUGC